CUCCUUAGCCUAUUGGAUCUUUAUUUUUGACAUAGCUAGACAGUAGGUCUCUCCCUCAUAUGCUGACUUGUGACUCGUGAAAUCGCAAAAGGAUAUUGGCUGGAGGCUAGAAGCUAACAUACACUCAUGAGUAAGCAUAUCAAAACUGUUUGCUGAUCUGAAGGGGGAUUAUAGACUGGGAGAACAGCGGAAGAUCUUCUCUCAUCCUUCCCUAAUAUCUCAUAAUAUUACGCAGCUUUAUGGUGCAUUUCUCUCUCUACAGUGGGAGUGUUUUCAUGCAGCAUUAGCCCAACAGAUCUUUUGUCACAGUGCGACCACCUGCGCUUGAAAAACCGGCAAAGGCGGUGGCUGUCCAGGCGUGCGGAGCUGAAAAAAAAGGAGAAGAAGAAGCUGAGACUCUGAGCAUCUGUGCCCAGCUACUCCCCUAGAAACCUAACAGCCCCCCCGCAUGCAAGGCAUGUCGACCGCCGGGGAAGUACCAGCCUUCUUCAAGAGCAUGGGCUCUGACAGCCCCGCCAGGCCGAGGCAGAAAUUCUGUGGCAUGUUCUGCCCGGUGGAAGGCUCCUCGGACAGCAAGACGCUGGACUUUGAUGCGCUUUCGGCGUGCAGGAGCAAGAGUGACGGGCGAGUCAUUGACCGGCAGACCGACAUCUCCCAGCCGAGGAAGGUGGAGAUACGGGAGAGCACAGGGAAAGAAGCUCUGCAGAACCUGGAUGAUAAAAAGAGUGAUCGUCUCCUGAUCAAAGGAGGGAAGAUCGUGAACGAUGACCAGUCCUUCUGUGCUGACAUCUAUAUGGAGGAUGGAGUCAUCAAACAAAUCGGGGAAAAUCUCAUCGUGCCCGGCGGGGUGAAAACCAUCGACGCCCACGGCCGCAUGUUGAUGCCGGGCGGCAUCGACGUGCACACGCGUUUCCAAAUGCCCGAUCGAGGCAUGGUGUCAGCCGAUGACUUCUACCAGGGCACCAAGGCUGCUCUGGCCGGAGGCAGCACCAUGAUCAUUGACCACGUGGUUCCCGAGCCUGGCGUCAGCCUCAUCGCGGCCUUCGAGCAGUGGCGUGAAUGGGCCGACAGCAAGUCGUGCUGCGACUACUCGCUGCAUGUGGACAUCACAGAGUGGCACAAAGGCAUCCAGGAAGACAUGGAGGCGCUGGUCAAGGAUCACGGUGUCAACUCUUUUCUGGUCUACCUGGCUUAUAAGGAUGUUUUCCAGCUUACGGACGCUCAGGUGUACGAGGUGUUCAGUGUGAUCCGCGAUCUGGGAGCCAUCGCCCAGGUGCACGCUGAGAACGGAGACAUCAUAGCUGAGGAGCAGCACAGGAUGCUGGAGCAGGGGAUCACUGGUCCUGAGGGACACGUGUUGAGCCGUCCUGAGGAGGUGGAGGCAGAGGCUGUAAACCGCUCGGUGACUGUGGCCAAUCAGACCAACUGCCCUCUCUAUGUCACCAAGGUGAUGAGCAAGAGUGCUGCUGAUGUCAUCGCCCAGGCCAGGAAGAAGGGCACUGUGGUCUACGGAGAGCCAAUCACCGCAAGCCUGGGAACAGACGGUUCUCACUAUUGGAGCAAGAACUGGGCCAAGGCAGCUGCCUACGUCACCUCCCCUGCUCUGAGCCCCGACCCAACCACACCAGACUAUCUCAACUCCCUGCUCUCCUGUGGUGACCUGCAGGUGACAGGAAGUGCACACUGUCCCUUCAACACUUCCCAGCGUGCUGUGGGCAAAGACGACUUCAGCUUGAUUCCUGAAGGCGUCAAUGGUACUGAGGAGAGGAUGUCUAUCAUCUGGGACAAGUGUGUGGUGACCGGUAAGAUGGACGAAAACCAGUUUGUGGCAGUGACCAGCACCAACGCCGCCAAGAUCUUCAACCUGUACCCGCGCAAGGGUCGCAUCGCUGUCGGUUCAGACGCCGACCUGGUGCUGUGGGACCCAGACGUCACGAAGAUUAUCUCUGCCAAGAGCCACAACUCGACUGUGGAGUACAACAUCUUUGAGGGCACAGAGGUGCGCGGCGGGCCUCUGGUGGUGAUCAGCCAGGGCAAGAUCGUCCUGGAGGAAGGGAACCUCCACACCACUGAGGGCUCGGGACGCUACGUGGCCCGCAAACCUUUCCCGGACUACGUCUACAAGAGGAUAAAAGCUCGCAGCAGGCUGGCUGAGCUGAGGGGUGUACCCAGAGGACUGUAUGACGGCCCGGUCUGCGAGAUGUCUGUGUCAGUCACCCCGAAAACCAUGACCCCUGCCUCCUCUGCCAAGACCUCACCUGCCAAGCAGCCCAACCAGCCCGUCCGUAACCUGCACCAGUCCGGUUUCAGCCUAUCCGGCGCUCAGGUUGACGACAACAUUCCUCGCCGGAACACCCAGCGCAUCGUGGCGCCGCCUGGCGGCAGGGCCAACAUCACCAGCCUGGGUUAGAGCUCUGCCCUCGGCCGCCAGGGAGGAAACGAAGAUCGGAGGACGGACGGCCGACGAGAGCUGAAGGGUGGAGAAACCACGUCACGACACCGGGAGCCGCAACCCUUCGCAGCACCUGACCGGGCCAUCCAUCAGCCUCCGUCUUUCACCUCCUCCUUCGCCGCCUUUCACCUGCCCACGCUCCUCCUCCCCAAAACCCCAUCCUAGAGGACACGGUUAGAGAAAAAGAAAAAGGAAAAAAAAGGGUCUGCCUCAUAUGAUUAAAAAAAAAAAAAAAAAUGACAACACUCCUUAUUUGAGCACUUUUGACUGCAUUAUUUUUUUUUUUUAUACCGUACUUUCUCCCUGCCAUGUAUCUUUUUGAUGUUUGUUUUGCUGUUGUUUUAAUAGAGCCGUCAAGUUGUGACUAAAUUGAAUUAACACCGUUAAGAGAAGAGGAACAUUUUCAUGCAGGAUGUCUAUUGCAUUUCCAUUCUUCCUUUUCAUUUUGGGGAGUAGUUUAAAUGGCGCAUGGGUACAAAACCAUUUCUUACCUUCUUUUCUUGCUUUUCUUGGAAAAAAGGCCAAUUUGUAGGUUGCUUGAAAUUGAACCCUGUUACAGUUUAUUCAGCUGACAAGAAUAGAAUACUUCUUUCAA